ACAUUCUACUUCUGGAAGAGAGUCUUGCUUUGCGUCUACUCUGAUUUGAUUGAAACCAAACCUCUUUCUUCAAGAAGUCAGUGCAAAUCUUUCUUGCUUGCUGCAAUAUUCCCUCCUCAAAAUCUCUGCUAGGAAAUAAAAAGAAAAGAAGUGUGAAAUAUAGUAAUAAUAUCUGAAAGUGGAAAGAUACCAAAAGGAGAAAGGAGAGCCACAGAAGAAGAGUGGGACCCAAGUGACCUUGCUGUAAGUAGCAUAGUGUUUCCUUUUGAUACGCAGUUUCAUUUAAAAAAAAAUCUCUUAUCUUCUCUUCUCUCCUCUCUUCUUCAUCACCACACAGUUGUUCGCCAACUUGUCCCUCUGCCUCAAAACACUUUUCUCUGUCCACUCAAGUGUUUCUUGAUCUAUUAAACCCCAGAAUCAAGAACUGUCUGUGGAAAAAAAGAGAAGAAGAUGAAAAUACAGUGUGAUGUGUGUGAGAAUGCUCCAGCCACGGUGAUAUGUUGCGCCGACGAAGCAGCUCUGUGUCCUAAAUGCGACGUUGAGAUUCACGCAGCUAACAAACUCGCGAGCAAGCACCAACGCCUCCAUCUCAACUCUCUCUCCACCAAGUUCCCUCGCUGCGACAUCUGCCAAGAGAAGGCAGCUUUUAUAUUCUGUGUGGAGGAUAGAGCUCUGCUUUGUAGAGAUUGUGAUGAAUCCAUCCACGUGGCUAACUCUAGAUCUGCAAAUCACCAGAGGUUCUUAGCCACUGGGAUCAAAGUGGCUCUCAGCUCAAGUAGUUGCAGUAAAGAAACAGACAAGAAUCAUCAGUCCGAGCCUUCCAACAACCAACAGAAAGCUAAGGAGAUCCCAAGCCAGCAACAGCCUUCUUCUGCUUCUCCUCUUCCUUGGGCUGUUGAUGAUUUCUUCCACUUCUCUGAUCCUGAGUUCACAGAUAAGCAGAAAGGACAGCUUGAUCUUGGGGAGUUAGAGUGGUUUUCAGACAUGGGUUUCUUCAGUGAUCAGAUUAAUCAGGAGACUCUUCCUGCAGCUCAAGUUCCGGAGCUUUCUGUUGCUCAUUUAGGUCAUGUUCAUUCAUACAGACCAAUGAAGUCUAACGCUUCUUACAAGAAGCCGAGGUUAGAGAUCAGAGUUGAUGAUGAGGAUGAUGAAGAAGAGCAUUUCAUUGUCCCUGAUCUAGGCUAAAAGAUAUUAUAUGUAAGCUAUGUGUAGUAGACAUUCCUAGAAACCUAUCUGCAUAUGGAGAAUGAUGCGUGGAGUCAAAUGUCAUAUCUAUAGUUUCGUCUAUAAGUUGAGUAAGCUAUGUCUGAGAGAGCUUAUUACACACUUUUCGUUUUUUUUGUCUGAAUCUAUGUUAGAUGUUUGUGUUUGAGUUUGUUCAUAUACCUCUUGAACAUGGUAUUUGAUAUCUUUGGUAUUACAAACUCGAAUAAACUUAAAUAAAAGGAAUAUCCUUCUGUUAA